AUGUUACUUGUCUGGCUUUUUAUAUUUCUACUACCAGUUGCUUUCUUUUACAAUUCAUUCCAUAGGAGGAAUUAUCUUCAGAGUUCACCACAGCAGUUCUCGCAAAUCCUGGCGCCAAUCAGUCGCCGCUGCUACGAGCCGAUCGAGAUUUGGUCUGGCGCCAGAGGGCGCGAAUUGCAACUAGACACCGCAACCGUGGAGGCUUCGUUCAGCAUGCGAAUAGGUGAUCUAAAACGUGCCGUCGAAGAUGUGAUACUUAGACCCGAUCAAAACACGCUGAACGACAUAGAUAAACGCGACACUAUUGCUGCUUUAGACCUUUGCCAGCCCGAACCAUCACCGCCACUGCCGACAUGCACGCCAUCGGCUGCUUCAAUGAACGCUUGCUCAUGUUCAAGUGAAACAGUGCCAGUGGAUGUGCCACGUCCACCUCCUCCACUUUGCACCAGCACCAGCCUUGAUACUAUAGUGAACCGUCCUCAACCUCUCCCCUAUCGACAUUCGGCAGGAGUUUCGCGAAGACAGAGCCGUGUGCUAUCCUCCUUGCAAUCGAAGAGGAAGCGAAGCAACUCGUUAACGAACUAUCAGAAGACGCCUGGCACAUCUGUCUCAUUGCCACCAUCAGCUCGACAAACCCCAAUGCGAUUUGGCGACGAGGAUGCUCAUAGAAGUUCUCUGGGCUCUUCCGAUUCUCAUUCAUCAGUAGCUCGAAGCGAGGAUUAUUCUCAAGACUACGUAGCUGAAGAAGAUGAGACUGUCAUUUAUCAAUACACUUCACCUGAAACAGCGCUGCCACCAACCGCCCGCACAGCAACGCCUCUAUGGAGUGCGAUUAACGGACAUCACAUCGAUCUUGCGAUUCUCACAAUCCGGUGGAACCAAGAACAUAAGACGGCUACGCGUUCUGAUCUACGUUAG